UAUUCAGGAAUACGAACACGUGUAUCCAAUUCUAUUUUUCAAGAUGGCGAGACAGUGGAUGUUGGUUACUGUAUGGCUUUUACUUUGUGUAAACGUCUCUCUCCAAGAUGAAACUUGUAGUAGCCCCAGUGUGACAUCCAACAUGUAUACUACUACUGAUGGUAUGAUUGUGUCUGAUGUUGCGUUUAUAGUAGAGCUUAGUGUCACAUGCCAGAAUGGAGCAAAGGACUUAUCUCUGUAUGCUGUUAUUAACGGUGUAACAGUUCCAGUUGUGAAGUCCCUGGAUAAUAACAAGUACCAGUUCAGCUGGACUCAGGAUCCGAAGAAUGUCCAGAGUGGUGAACAGACUCUUCGUAUUUACGAUGAAGAAGGGUUCUCUGCCUUAAGAAAGGUCCAGCGUAGUGGAGAAGACACUUCCAACAUCAAACCUUUGUUUACUGUUACCAUCAACCAUCCAGGCACUUAUCAAGGUCCUUGGGUCCAAAGUGAACUGGUAGCUGUGGUCACUGCUUUAAUCCUUUGGUACGUGGCAUAUUCAACAAAAUUGAAGAUACAAUUAUGAGAUAUCAUUUUGUUAAGUUUCCAGUUUUCUAAGUAAAUAAAAAGAGUUGAAAAUUAUC